AUGACCCUGUUAGCAACACUCCCUGGUGAAAUUAUUUUGGAAAUAUUCAAUUUCAUUGAUUUUUUUUCAACGUAUGCCAUGAUCCGUUCCGAUCCUCGAUUGAGUAAAAUUCAUGAAAAUUUUGAAUUAUCUCGAGAAUGGAUGAUGGCAAAAUUUAUUGAAAUGAUUCAACAAAACGACAAGAGCUUGAUCGUGGCAAGUCAAAGAUUGCCAGUCUCAAUAUACGAAUCAAGUAGAGAUUAUUUGAAACAGCACUACCAACGAAUACAAAGGAGAAUCAUGAGUUAUGGAUCAAAGAUAGAGUCAGAUGAAGAAGAUCAUCAUGAUACACAAACUAAUACUCUGACCAUAAUUUAUAAUGAGAAACCAUUUCAUAGACGUUUUGUGAUUUUCUUCCAAUAUUUCCACGUCAUCAAUAACUUUACAUCAUCUUUAGAAAACAGCAAUGUGGUAAAUGAUGACUCUUUUCUUGAAUAUUUAAGAAUGUUUCGUGCCAUGUUAAAACUUGAUACCAUCCUAUCCUAUUCUGUGAACAUUCCACGAGCCCUAUUUUUCAUUAAAUUGAUGGACGGAGCUAACAAACUUUUGCUCAAAUAUGACCUCAAGCUUACCAAAAACUUGGACAAACGACACAUUCCAAAGAACAUGUUUUUUCGUAAAAUUAUGGAUAUUGCUAAAUCACUAAAUGAAACAGCUCAAUGUCUUGAAGAGUCUGAACAAUCAUUGACAAAAAUUCCAAUGUGCACCUAUCUGGUCCACAACGAACCCUUUCCGAUUCUAUUGUUUUGUAAAUACUGGAAAUUUAUAACAAACUCAGAAGAAUAUAGACCUCUCAUGAAUAGCCUUAAAUAUUUUGACAAGAAUGCAUAUUUAUCUCGAUUCUGUAAUGGCAUUGCAAACAUGAAAACUUUACCCAAUGAUUUCAUUUCAUCCACUGAAGAGUACAAUCGUUUUUUCCAGCUAAUCAAAUUACUGAAUGAAUUUUCGGACAAGAAAUGUUCACAAUUUGCAUCCAUACCAGUAUAUAAGGAAACGAUUGAGGAACAACUUGGAAAAGUAUUAUUCUUCAAGAACAAUGCUCAUUUGAAAAAGGAAAUUAUUCAGUUUAUUUUCGACCAUACAUUCUAUUACUCUGAUUCACCAUGGUUUUGGAGAUGA